GUGCGUAAGAGGGUGAUGACCAACGCCUCGACCAAUCCGAUGAAAGAAUGGCAUGUUACUCAGGAAUAUCCUCCAGUGUCUUUUCUAAGUCCGUCCAGUUCGAUCGGCAACGGGAGCGGAGAGAGGAAAGUAGAGAGCCCGAAGGCAGUAGCCCCCACCACCGCCGGCCCAGGUUACCAUCUAGCACCGGGAAAGAACACACUAGAGAGCCACCGCCGGCUUUACCAACAAGAAACCACCAUGAGCAGCGAGGCCGAAACACAGCAGCCGCCGCAGCCUGCCGCCGACGUGGAGAGCCCAUCCAGCCCGGCAGCCGCAGCUACAGCGGGGGAUAAGAAGGUCAUCGCAACAAAGGUCCUGGGGACAGUGAAGUGGUUCAACGUAAGAAACGGCUAUGGUUUCAUCAACAGGAAUGACACAAAAGAAGACGUCUUUGUACAUCAGACUGCAAUAAAGAAGAAUAACCCAAGGAAAUACCUUCGCAGUGUAGGGGAUGGAGAGACUGUGGAGUUUGAUGUGGUUGAAGGAGAAAAGGGUGCUGAGGCAGCCAAUGUUACUGGGCCAGGCGGAGUGCCCGUUCAGGGCAGCAAAUAUGCGGCCGACAGGAACCGGUACAGACGCUACCCACGCAGGAGGGGCCCCCCACGCGACUAUCAGGACAACUACCCAAGUGAUGGAGAGGGAGAAAAGAGGGAGGCAGGAGACAGCACUGGUGAAGGUGAUCAGCAGCAGCAGCGCAAACCUACCUUCCCUGGCAGGAGGCGUUACCCCCCAUACUACGUGAGAAGACGCUAUGGCCGCAGACCUCCCUACACCAAUGCUCCACCCAGGGGAGAGAUGACAGAGGGUGGGGAAGGUGAUGAGAAUCAAGGUGGUCAAGACCAGGGCAAUAAACCAGUGAGACAGAACUACUACAGAGGCUACCGACCAAGGUUCAGACCAAGGGGCCCACCUCGACCCCGGCCUACACGGGAAGGGGAAGAGGAUAAGGAGAACCAGGGCGAGGGCGGUCAGAAUCAGGAGCCCCGACAGCGCCGCUACCGCCGCAACUUCAACUACCGCCGUAGACGGCCUCAGACCACCAAGCCCCAGGAUGGCAAGGACAGCAAGGCAGCCGAUGCAUCAAGCGACAAAUCAGCCGCUCCCGAGGCUGAACAGGGCGGGAACGAGUAGACCCACCGCCGCCGGCGUCACCAUCUCGCACCAUCCUGCCGGUUUUGUCAACAAGAAGAAACAUCUAAGAUCUGAGCAAUAAGAACCAGAUUUGACCUGACGAUCGUCUAAAGCUUGCAACAUGCAUUUGACCAGAUUACCACUGAUUGCCUGCAGUAUCUAUGCAGCCCUAUUUUGUGUUUUUCCAUUAUUUUUGUGACAGCUGAAGUUUUGGGGAAACAACAGAUGUUUUUCUAAAUCGGUCUUAUGUUUUUACACCAAAUGGUUUUUAAAAGUAAUUUGAUAUCUGGUCAGUUUGACAUUUUUAAAUAACUUUUUAUGUAUCCAAACAUGAAUUUUAACAAAAGGCAAGCUGAAAAAUAAAAGUCAAAGGUGAACUUUC